AUGGCGGUAGACCGACGGAAAGUUGCCGUGUUUGGCGGCGCUUUUGUCCUGCGGCUUCUCCUCUCCGUUUUGUUCCCCUCGUUGCCAGACUUGCUCACGGGGAGAGUUGAGGUUUCUACGCCAGUGAACAGUUUUAAGAGACUCCAAGAAGGUCUUUUUCUGUACACUCGGAACGUGUCCCCUUAUGAUGGAGGUGUCUUCCACCAGGCGCCGCUCCUCCUUCCCCUCUUCGCUCUCCUGCCGAAUGCCAGAGACUAUCCGUUCGUGACGGCCGCCUUCUACGCUCUGAUCGACCUCGUCAAUGCCAAUGCUCUGGUCACCAUCUCCAAUUCAGGGCAGGCGGUUUCCGGUAGACUUUAUUCGGCUUUGCGGAAGGAUAUCAAGUGGGAUGGAGUGGAAGUGGCGGCAUGGUUCCUCUUCAAUCCUACUACCAUCGCGGCCUGUCUGGGAAGAUCGACCAGUGCUUUUACUUCGACUGCAAUUCUUUAUGCCGUCUCCAAUGCCGCCACUGGGAAUAGCUUCAAUGCCAUGCUCGCCUUAGGGUGUGCGUCGUAUCUCUCAAUCUACCCGGCUCUUCUGUUCGCUCCGCUCGUUAUCUUAUGCUAUGAUAGACGGGCCCAAGACUCAAGGGCUCCCUGUGGAGCACCUAUUUUUGCCAUUCAGCAUUUCGGCAUUUUCCUCCUCAGUGUGGGAGGGCUCCUCGGCCUCUCUUGCUUAGUUGCUCCAGACUUCUGGCAGUUUAUCUGUGCGACAUACGGCUUCCAGCUGCUUGUGCCUGAUUUGACUCCAAAUAUUGGUCUCUGGUGGUAUUUCUUCAUCGAGAUCUUCGAUUCCUUCCGAGAAUUUUUUCUGGGUGUUUUCUGGCUCCACCUCACGGGCUACGUUGGCGGUCUUACUGUUCGACUGCGCAGGCAGCCUCUUUUCGUCUUGGCUUCUUUACUGGGGAUCUUCGCUAUCUUCAAGCCCUACCCCAGCAUCUCGGACGCCUCCCUAUACUUCGCUCUCCUUCCGCUCUACCGGCAUCUAUUUCCUUUUUCGGCUCUUUUAUACGCCACCCUUUUGGGCCCUGCGUUCUACCACCUGUGGAUCUAUGCUGGAUCGGGCAAUGCCAACUUCUUCUAUGCGAUCACACUUGUAUGGAGUCUGGGGCUUUCUAUUCUAGUAGCGGAUACGAUCUUCGCCGCUCUCCGAGACGAAUGGGAACAGGAAAAUCCAGAACUCCGGGGGAAGGAUGUUAGACAAGUCUAG